AAGUGUGAUCGAGCUUUUGCUAGAGCCUACAAUCUCAACACCCAUUUCGCAACUCACGAUCCGGACCCGAAUCGUGCAAAGCCGUUCCCCUGUCCCUACCCGUCCUGCAAAUCGGAAUUCAGGUCUUUCUCGCGAAAGCACGAUCUACAGCGUCACAUAGCUUCCACUCAUGAA